CCUAAACAAAAAUAUAAAUCUUCAUAGCUAAAUCCUUGUAUUCCUUUUCAGGCCUCUCGCAUGGUGGUCUCUGACUGGGAAUUGGAAAUGGCUACUAUUGACGCCACCAAUUGCAAGUACUCAUGCGAGACAGCCGCUCAGACACUACAAUGGAUCCACGCCAUCGUCGAUUUCCUUAAACCUUAUUCUUUCUUCGUGAAUGCUCACGUCGUCAAUUUUUUCAAGGAUAGACUAUGGGAAGCAAUUGACAAGGAAUGGAUUGAGUGCCUACGCAAAGAACCAGUCGAAAAUCUUCUUCAAAUUCCUUCUGGAGUAGUUCAGGAUCACUGGCCUGCUUCACUUAAGAAGUUUAUUCUUACCUUGAGAUCUCUGGUGUUUCCCCGAGAACAGACAGACUUACAAACGGUAUUACCUGGUCUGAACAUAUCUUCACUUAGUACUGUUCUAGCCCAAGGCAUGAAUCUGAAGAAAAAACAUGAAGUUGAAGUUCUUUCCGCUGUUGUCAGUUCCAUCACGAACUCUGUGACAGCUCACACAAUAGUUGAUGUUGGCGCUGGUCAGGGUUAUCUUGCACAAGUUCUUUCAUUCCACUACCAGCAUUCUGUAAUUGCAAUAGAUGCUUCUUCUCAUCACGGAAGGGUUACAAAUGCACGCGCAGAACGAAUAAAGAGACAUUAUGAUUCUCAGAUGCGUAAAUCUGAAUCAGGAAAGAGAAGUUUGACUGUGCCUAAGACAAUCACAUGCCAUGUGAUGUCCAUCGACACGUUAAAAGAUUUGACUUCCAUCUCAAGGGUUAACAAUAAUGGGCAAGAUUGUGACAAUAUUGACACAGAAAUGCAACAAUCUUUGUGCCACGGGGACACUAAAACUUCACUGGUUCUAGCUGGGCUUCAUGCUUGUGGAGAUCUUUCUGUGAUGAUGCUAAAGGCUUUUUUGGAUUGCAAAGAAGUUAAAGCAGUUGUUAGCAUAGGUUGCUGUUACAACCUAUUAUCUGAAGAAGGUUUUGACCAUGUAAAUUCUGAAUAUGGUUUUCCAAUGAGCCGUGGAGUUAAAUCAUCUGGCUUGUCACUUGGAAAGAGUUUGCGUGAUCUUGCUUGUCAGAGUGCAGAGAGGUGGAGAUGUCUGGAAAUUGAUGCCGGUGUUAACAACUUUGAGCUGCAUGCUUUUCGUGCUGCUUUUCAGAUGGUUCUUAAUAAAUACUAUCCUGAAGUCAUGACAACAAGUCCAUCAAUUGGGCGUCAAGGGAAAGCUUUGCGCCGUCUAAAGAAAAGGGGGACCUUUGACUCCUCGCUGAGCCACAAAGAUAGCACUUGUGCAUCUUCACAUCAUAUGCAUUCUAACUUGAAAGAAAAUACUGAACCAGAAAGAGGUGACAUCUUUUGCUCAGUAUCUGAGACAGCAUCCUUAUCUGGUAGAGAUCCUCCUAGUGGUUCUGAAUGUGAGAACGUCAAAUCUGUUGAUAAGUAUUCUCUUUUUCUGAGAUAUAGCCAGUCUGGAUUGUGCCACCUAGGUCUCAAGUCUUUGCAGGAUAUUGAGUUUCACAGAAUAUGGGAGGAAGUUGAACCUUUUUCUGAAUUCAUUGGACUGUAUUGGUCUCUUCGAGCUGCUUUGGGGCCUAUCUUAGAAACAUAUAUUUUGCUCGAUAGAUUGUUGUUCCUUCAAGAGCAAGGAAAUACCAUUGAAGCGGUGAUGUUAUCGAUUUUUGACCCUGCAUUAUCACCAAGAAAUGUAGCAAUUAUUGCCAAAAAGAAGUGAUAUAAAUGUGAUGAAAAUUUACGCGGGCCGCGACACUGAAGGGGUUGGGUCGCAGCACGCGAAGCCCAAGUUGCCGCUGCACUUGAAGUGUUGGGCCGCGGCCCGCAUUGCUUCUGAAGGAAAAAAAUUAGGUUUUAAUCCUAAUUUCGAAAGUAGAGAAUCAGAAUAGAGAGGAGGACGAACUCUAAAGCAAGGAACACACCGUGGAGCAUCUCCAUUCGCUAUCUACAGUCCUUUUUUUAUUGCCUUUUAAUUCUAUGUUAUUUUUAAUUGUUGUUUAUGUUUAGAAUGACAAUGUUGAACUAAAUCUUUAUUAGGGUUUUUAAUGGAUUCUCUUGAACUCCUUUGAUGAUCUAAUUCAAUAUCAGUAUUUUUCUUCUUCGUCUAUUAAGCUUGUCUCAAUCUAUUUUAAUGCAUGAAAUGUAAUUGGCCAUCUUAUUUCAUUAUCUAUUUGUGUUUGAAUUGAAAUUUUGAAAAGUGAAAUUUAAAUAAGCUUUGAUUGAAACAACGGAUUUAAUCUAGAACGAAAGUAUCUAGGUUAUUUGUGUAGCAUCUAGGUUGUGAAUUCAUUAACUCCUAAUUGUUGAAUUUAUCGUAGAAAUAUAGAAAGUUCACAAUUAGGUGGAGUUUUAUAAUUCCUAAUCCUAUUAUAAAAUACAUUGACAACUUGUUAGCUUAAUAAGAAGAAGAGUUUUUAAUAUUGUGUUAGUGAUUGAUAGGAGGGAUUGUAGAUGAAAUUAAAACCCCUUAGUGUUUAAAUCUUUGUAAUUUUAUUCUUGUUAUGUUCUUGCAUUAUUUUUAGUAGUGUUAUUGUUUUUAAUUAUCAAGAUACAAAAUUAAUUUUUCGCUGAUCAAAUAAAAACUAAGAAUUAAUUAUCUAGUAAUUAAUAAUUCAAUCAUUGUGGGACGAUACUUGGUCUUACCAAUAAAUUACGACUAUGUGCACUUGCAUAGCUGUAAUUUUCGCAACAAGUUUUUAAUAAAUGAUGACGGAUCGGCUUUUGCCUAAAAAAUAUUUGGUCACUAUAAUGUUAUCUUCCUAUUAUAAUUAGGAAUCUCAUUUAAUUAUAUAAUUUCAGAACCACUAACCAAGAAACACAUGUAAAUGUUCGGUCCCAUGACAUUCCUUUUUUCUUAAAAAGAAAGUAAAGUAAAAAGUUACAGACCAAGUUCAUCGUAAAUUGUUUGGGACCUAACACAAGAAAAUAGUACUAUGAUAAUUCCAUGCAGGAGGUCAAAGGAAAAAAAAACUCUUUAAAAUAUACAGUAAGGUAAACUUAGAUAUGAUGGACAUACUAUAUGUGUUCCUUGCACACAUGUACUAUUUUGAUAGAUGGGCCACUUCUGGCAGGCUAGCGUGAGAGUUUGUAUUAAAGUUUGUAAUCCCUUCUCUCUGGGUUUGUGGUUUUCAUCACAUAUAAACUUGUGGCCAUGUACGUUUCUUAAGAUUAUUGGUAGAAAAAGAAAUAUGUUAUGUUGGAGCUUUUAAGGAGUUUGGAAUCAUUACUUAACUAUAUAAUAUCAGUAAUAAAGUUUUGCCCCACUUAAUUAUAGUCUCUUUUGUUGAAUUCUAGAAUGAUCAAUACACUGUUUUGUUUUUUGGUUUUAUCUCUAUUUUGACAUUGUCAUAGUCCUGUAGAAUAAUUAUCUCCUAAAGAUCCAAUAAAUACGCAACUGUGAUUUUUUUUCUUCCACUUAUCGAAAUUUUCUCUCAUUUUCAGGUGCGGUAUUUGAGUUACUAACUUCCAUACUUGGUAAGAUACAGGUUUGUUUGUA